GUCUCCUCCACGGGUCUCGACCAACGCGACGCUUUCACCUGAAAAGCGAUUAAUGGAAGCCAGUGGUCCGCAAUAAUUCCACAAGCGCCAUGGCUUCUUCCCGGGCGAAAUUGGCCGAGCUACGAGCCCUGCGAGCCGCAGGAAAGAAGCGUCUUUCGACCUACGAAGUCGAAGAUCAGGGUGACAUCUACGAAGAGGUCGACGACGACGGAUACAAGAAGAUUAUCCGCAAUCGGCUGGACGAGGACGACUUCGUUGUUGAUGACAAUGGCGAAGGGUACGCGGAUGACGGUCGCGAGGUCUGGAAUGAGCAGUCGGCCGGAUAUUACGAUAGUGAGAGUGACGACGAUGGACUGCCCGCCAAUAGCAAGGCUGCGAAGCGGAAACGAGAGGAGGAGAAACAGCGGCAAGAGAAGAUGAACAAUGGCAUUUCCAAAUACUUCAACAAGGGCCAAGCUGCUGCUGCGUCAAAACCGAAGCCUGUGGCCACCGCGGAAGAUGAUGCUUUCAUGGCUGAUCUUCUUGGAGAGGUCGACACCAAUGUCGUUUCGAACCAUGUGCCUCCGCCUCAGAAUGUCAUCAAGUCGGAGACGCGGCGCAAAGUGCGCAUCCUUUCCCCACCGCUAGCCCAGAGAACACGGCCCGAAAAGAAACCCCGAACCCAAAAGGACGAGAACAGCGAUCCCGUUUCGCCGGGCGAAGAAAAAUCGGCACUUGAUUUGGACAACGAUGACGAACCUCUUCCCGCCGCCGACGAUGACGACGAUGUGCCGAUGAGCGAUCCGAUGCCCUCAUCGCCCACGAGCAAGGCUGUGGAGAGGAAAACUGCCGUUCCCGUGAAAACCGAGGAGUUUGAUGACGACGACAAUGACUUGAUGGAGGUGGCCGAAGCUACUGGAGACCACGAAGCGAAGGUAGCAAGCGUGAACAUGGCUGGAAGUCGGCCGCCGCCCAAGCUCAAGAAGGAGAUUCUGCCCACGCCAGCAAGCUCCUCGCCUAUGAAAGCGGCCCCUGAUGUUGUCGAUGCGUCUUGGAAUGAUGUGCGGAGCAAGUUGAAUGUUCUCAACAGCCCGGCGACGGAGACGCGAACACCGGGUAAGCUGCGAGCGCAGGACGUUGUCGAGGCAGAUGGUAGCCUGCGCAUGUUCUGGCUGGACUUCACCGAAGUCAAUGGCAGUCUGUGCUUGUUUGGAAAAGUCAAGAACAAGCAGACGGGUGCUUUUGCUAGCGCUUUCGUUAAAGUCGACAACAUCCUGCGAAAGCUCUACUUUCUUCCCCGAGAACACAGGCACAAGCAUAACCGGGCCACGGAUGACGAAGUCGAAAUGAAUGAUGUUUAUCAGGAAGUCGACGGUAUGAUGUCGCGAUUGAAAGUAGGGAUGCACAAGAUCAAGCCGUGUACUCGCAAAUACGCGUUCGAGAUGCCCGGUAUCCCGAAAGAGGCCGAGUACCUCAAAUUGCUGUACCCUUACGAUAAACCGGCACUACCGAUGGACACCAAGGGAGAAACAUUCUCCAACGUAUUCGGAACCAACACCUCUUUGUUCGAACAAUUCGUUCUAUGGAAGAAUAUUAUGGGUCCCUGUUGGCUCAAAAUCGAGGAGGCUGACUUCUCUGCCGUUAACAAUGCAUCCUGGUGUAAAUUCGAAUGCCAGGCCUCGAAACCUGCGCUUAUCUCUCCUGUUCCCGACUCCGAGAAUCUAGACUCGCCGCCUCUUACGUUGAUGAGUCUUUCAUUCCGGACACAACUCAAUGUGAAGGAGAAUAAGCAAGAAAUCCUGGUCGCAAGUGCUCGCGUGUACGAGAAUGUUUCCCUCACGGACACGACGCCCCCAGAGAGACUGCCUUGCAAAACGUUCACAGUCAUGCGGCCUGUGGGCUCUUCCUACCCCAUGCAUUUCGAAGCUGAGACUCGAAAGCAACGAGGCACUAUCAUGCUUGAGAAGAGUGAACAGUUCUUGCUCAGCAAAUUUCUUGCUUUGUUCGAGAAGAUGGAUCCUGACGUCUUGAUGGGCCAUCAACUGCAGGAAGUAGAUCUCAGCAUUCUGCUCAACAGGCUGAAAGAAAAGAAAUCCCCUGGUUGGCAUCGACUGGGUCGACUCAAGCGUGGGGACUGGCCCAAGAAUUUUAACAGGGGGGGUGGCUUCUUCGCUGAGAGGCAUCUGAUUGCGGGACGGUUGAUGUGUGACGUGGGUAACGAUAUGGGCAAGUCUCUGAUGAUGAAAUGUCAGUCGUGGAGUUUGACGGAGAUGUGUGAACUGUACCUUGGACAAGGAAACACACGGCAGGAAUUGGACACCGAGGCAGCGUUGAAAACGUGGGCCAACUCGAAGGAAGGUCUCAUGAACUUCGUGAACCAUUGCGAUGCCGAUACCUAUUUCAUCGCCGCAUUGGUAUUGCGACUGCAGAUGUUGCCUCUAACCAAGGUUCUCACAAACAUUGCCGGUAAUUCAUGGGCGCGAACACUCAGCGGUACGCGUGCCGAGAGAAACGAAUACAUUCUGCUCCAUGAAUUCCAUCGCAACAAGUACAUCUGUCCGGAUAAAUAUUCGUCCAAGUUGCAAAAGGCAGAAGAAAAGCUGCUGGAGGGCGAUGACGAUGAUACGACGGACAAGAAAAAGAAGGACAAGUACAAGGGUGGUCUCGUUUUCGAACCCGAGAAGGGUCUCUAUGACAAGUUUGUUCUGGUCAUGGAUUUCAACAGUUUGUAUCCCAGCAUCAUUCAGGAGUACAACAUCUGUUUCACAACGGUGGAACGGACUGCAACUGCUGAGAAUGAGAACGAAGAGAAGGUGCCCGAGGUCCCUUCUUCCGACGAGGAUCAGGGUAUCUUGCCUCGACUAAUUUCAACUCUUGUCGGUCGUCGGCAACAAGUGAAAAAGUUGAUGAAAGACAAGCGUGCAACUCCCGAGCAACUUGCGCUGUGGGACACCAAGCAGCUGGCCUUUAAGCUGACGGCCAACUCCAUGUAUGGGUGUCUGGGAUACACACAGAGUCGUUUCUACGCUCGUCCUUUGGCAAUGCUCACCACAUUCAAAGGUCGUGAAAUUCUCAGGAGCACCAAGGAACUGGCCGAGUCGAAACAGCUGAGGGUCAUCUAUGGUGAUACUGACUCCGUCAUGAUCAACACGAACAUGGAUACUAUCAGUGAUGCAUUCAAGGUCGGGGAGGAAUUCAAGAAAUCGGUCAACGAGAGAUACCGUCUCUUGGAGAUCGAUAUUGAUAAUAUCUUCCGUCGCCUUCUCCUGCAUGCGAAGAAGAAAUAUGCUGCCGUGAACAUGACCGAAGUAGAUGGCAAAUAUGUGGACAAGCUGGAAGUCAAGGGUCUCGACAUGAAGCGACGUGAAUACUGUGCGCUGUCCAAGGAAGUCUCCCAGAGACUCUUGAACGAGGUCCUCUCCGGCGAUGAUCAAGAGAUCGUCCUCAACCGGGUUCACGACUACCUACGCGAGUUAGCGGACAAGAUGCGGGAAUUUACUAUCCCCGUUCAGAAAUAUGUGAUCUACACGAAACUCUCCAAACGUCCCGAAGAAUAUCCUAAUAAAGAAACGAUGCCGCCGGCCCAGGUUGCUCUUCGUGAACUUGCUCGUGGCAAGUCGGUCAGGCCUAACGAUGUUAUCUCUUAUAUUGUGACCAAUGGAGAUUCAGAGACGGCCUCUCUGCCCCCGGCCAAGCGGUCCUACACGCUUCAAGAUGUGAUGAAGAGCGGCUCGGAGCUCAAGCCCGACGUUGAGUUUUAUCUUCUCAAACAAAUCUUCCCCCCUAUCGAGCGUCUGUGUGCCCCAAUUCCUGGCACCGAUGCGGUUCGGCUGGCCGAAUGCUUGGGUUUGGAUGUUCGCAAAUACCAAAUCAAUACUUCCUCUGGUGGAAACAGUCAACAGAAUGCGGAGAUCACCCCACUGGAGUCACAGAUCCCGGACUCCGUUCGUUUUGAAAAUGCUGCCCGGCUGACGCUCACCUGUCGAUUCUGCAAGGAAAAAUCGGUCUUUGAAGGGUUGGCAAACUCUUCUCACAUGUGCAAUGCCCACGGUGUCAUUUGCCCGAAUGCUUCCUGCCAGAAACAAUUCUCGAUCUUGACGAUCGUUGCCCAGCUGGAGAGCCAAAUCCGGGCCCAGACUUCCAAAUACUACGAGGGCUGGCUUGUCUGUGAUGAUACUGCCUGUGGCAACCGAACCCGACAGAUGAGCGUGUACGGACGACGGUGUCUUGGUCCCCGGGGCCACGCUGAAGGCUGCCUUGGCCGGAUGACCUAUGAGUAUUCAGAGAAGCGGAUCUAUAACCAGCUCCUCUACUUCGCCGGUCUUUGGGAUGUGGAAAAGGCUCGCCGCGUUGUGGAGAAGGAGGCUGAUGGGGAAAAGAAAGACAGCGUUGCAGCGCUGGUUUCAUUCAACCGAUGCAUACUUCUUCUCGACUCCAUCAUCCAUCCUCGACACCUUUCGGGUACAUUCGCUUGCGGUUGUUUUGCUCUCCGACUGCCUAUCAUGUCGAUUAAGCGAGUUCUAGUCAUCGCCGGGUCCGACAGUUCAGGUGGCGCCGGUCUAGAGGCGGAUCAGAGGGUUCUAGCCGCCCAUGGCUGUUACGCCCUGACUGCGACCACGGGCUUAACGGCGCAAAACACCCUCGGGGUGCAGGAUAUCUUCGUGGUUCCGGCUGAAUUUGUCAAGAAGCAAAUCAAUGCCGGUUUGGAAGAUGUCGGAGCUGAUGUUGUCAAAUUUGGCAUGCUCUCAUCCGCCGAAACAAUUGAUGUGGUCGCCGAGGCUCUGGUGUCGCACCGAGUUCCUUCGGUGGUGCUGGAUCCGGUUAUGGUGUCUACAAGCGGGGCCCAGCUACUACCCGAAGCUGCCGUGCAGGGCCUUCGAACGAAACUAUUGCCGCUAACGACCAUUCUCACGCCGAACAUCCCCGAAGCGCAGUUGUUACUCAAGGACUCUGGUCUGGAAGUGCCUGAGCCAAAGGACGUUUCGGAGCUCAUCAGUCUAGCAAAGCAAAUUUGUGCUUUGGGGCCUAAGGCUGUUCUUCUCAAAGGGGGACAUCUGCCACUUACGAAAGCACAUGAGACGGCUCGCAACCCGCAAGAGGCGACAACAGUCAUCGAUGUGCUUUUUGACGGCGAAAAUGUCACUUUGUUUGAGACUGACUUCCUGGUGACGAAGAACACCCACGGCACGGGCUGCUCUCUUGCCUCUGCCAUCGCGGCCAACCUGGCCUUGGGGAAAAAUUUGCAACGCGCCGUCCAAGCGGCCGUGCGAUUUGUUGAGGCCGGUAUCAAGACCAGCCUUGAUAUUGGGAAGGGAAGUGGUCCAAUCAACCAUUUCCAUUCUAUGUAUACGAUGCCUUUUGCCCCGGGACGAUUUGUGGAGUAUGUUCUGGAUCAUCCCAAUGUUCGACCAGUGUGGAAGAAGUUCACGGAGCAUGACUUUGUUCUGGGCAUUGGCUCUGGUAAACUUCCUGUGGGGCGCUUCAAGGAGUAUCUUGUGCAGGAUUAUCUUUACCUCGUCCACUUCGCCCGGAGCAAUGCACUGGCCGCGUAUAAGGGAAAGAACAUGGAGUCCAUUGCUGCGUCGGCUCAAAUUGUCCUACAUAUCCAACGUGAAACCGCGCUGCACCUGGACUACUGUGCCUCCUUCGGACUAUCCAAGGAGCUGAUGGAAAAGCACCCGGAAACCAUUGCAUGCACCGCGUAUAGUCGGUACAUCCUCGACGUCGGUCAAUCAGAGGAUUGGCUCGCACUCCAGAUGGCUCUGGCGCCUUGUCUGCUCGGAUACGGCGCCAUUGCUCAGCGAUUGUACGGCGAGAAAGACACCGUUCGGGAAGGCAAUCGGUACUGGAAAUGGAUUGAGAACUACGUAGCAGAUGACUACACGCAGGCAGUUUGCCUAGGAUCGGAACUACUGGAAAGACACAUGUGCGAGGUUUCGCCGAGUCGGGUGGAGGAAUUGAUUGGGAUCUUUAUUCGGGCGACGGAGCUGGAGAUCAGUUUCUGGGACAUGGGACUGGGGGAGAAGAAGGAGUGAAGGGAAGGUGAAGGGCAGGUGUAGUGCAGAUGAACUAGAACUACUACAGAGUACUUCCAUAGCAGAAUCGAGACAAACAGACAAACAGGACAAACAC